UUGUCAGGGAUGGCAGCGUUGCGAAAUACUCGUCGCGGGACGUGGUACGUGCAGGCACUGACUCAGGUCCUCGCGGCCCACGCUCACGACACUCACCUUGCGGACAUGUUGGUGAAGGUGAACUCGCUGAUCAAGGAACGGGAGGGUUUCUGCCCUGGCACGGCCUACCACCGCUGCAAGGAGAUGUCGGAGUAUUCCAGCACCCUCUGCAAGGACCUCUACCUCUUCCCCGGCAUCUACCAGCCGUAGGAGGGGAGGGACGCGACGGCGAGGAGUCGGCGGGGGAGGUGGGAGGCUGAGCACACGCCGGCCCCCCCGCGGUUCGGGGAGGAGAGGGGCGUCGCUCCCCCCACACGACCGCAGGGCCGCACAGAGCCUCCGGCCUCCGCCCGGUCAUCGGAACAGUGAUCUGGCCAGAUCCACCGCCCCCCCCCCACCUUCCCUCCCUCUCUCCCACCUCCGCUCUCCUUCCCCUCCGUUCUGUCGCUCCCCCUCUCCUUCCCCUGCCCCCUCCCGCCCCCUUGUCAUUUCCUCCUCCCCCUACCCCGCCCGUCUUCCUGUCCCUCCUCCGUCCCUCCCGUUGCAUUCUGCCUUCACUCCCUCCCUAUUUCCCGCUCCCUUCCUUCCCGUUUCCUCUCCCCCACCCUUCUCCUUCCCCUCCCCCUCUUCCUUCCCCUGCUCCCUCCCUCUCCCUGCCCCAUCUCGCUCUGUCUCCCCACCCUGCCCAAUCUCUCCCUCCCCCUCUUCCCACCCCAUCUCUCCCUCCCCACCCCCAGUCAAGCAGUGGUGUUAUUUUUCUUGGCCAAAUACCCGCCUCCCCUCCCUUGUCCCCAGGGACCGUCCCUCCCUGAGAACUCUGACCUGAGGUGGGGCCGGGCCCUGGAGUCGCUGGGACUGUAGGCACUGCGGGAGCCGAGGGUGUCUCGUUCAUUCCUCUUCGUUUGUUUUAAAACUCAGCACUUUUGUAACUCUACAGUUUUGUAUCCCGCGGGCAACAAUAUCUUUAUUUAGUUUUCUACCGCGUCCGGGCUGGCGUUUUGUGUGUCGUCACUUUUGUAUAAACUCUGCAGUUCUAGUUCAGUCCCUCUUGAUUCACGGAUCUUCUCUGGUUCUCUCUGAAACCUGGUGAUCUGAAUCUCUCCCAGUGCCGGCGGGGGGAGGAGAGACGAGGGCCCCGAAAAGUGUGCGGGGGCGGGGGAAAUCGGGCAGGGUCUGUCAAGAAGAGGAGGCCAUAAGAGCAGAAUUAGGCCCAUCGAGUCUGCUCGACCAUUCAAUCGUGGCUGAUCCUUUUCUCUAUCUCCUCCUCAGUCCCAGUUCCCGGUCUCCAAUCAAGACCCUAUCAAUCUCUGCCUUAAAUACACCACAGCUGCCCGUGGCAACAAAUAUCGCAAAUUCGCCACCGCUUGGCUAAAGAAAUUUCUCCGCAUCUCUGUUUUGAAAGGGCGCCCCUCUAUCCUGAGGCUGUGCCCUCUUGUCCUAGACUCCCCCACCACGGGAAACAUCCUUUCCACAUCUACUCUGUCUGGGCCUUUCAACAGUCGAAAGGUUUCAAUGAGAAACCCCCUCAUCCUUCUGAAUUCCAGCGAGUGCAGACCCAGAGCCAUCAAACGUUCCUCGUAUGAUAACCCUUUCAUUCCUGGAAUCAUCCUUGUGAACCUCCUCUGGACCCUCUCCAAUUCCAGCACAUCUUUUCCAAGAUGAGGGGCCCAAAACUGUUUACAAUACCCAAGGUGAGGUCUCACCAGUGCCUUAUAAAGCCUCAGCAUCACGUCCCUGCUCUUGUACUCUAGACCUCUUGAAAUUUAUGCUAACAUGGCAUUUGCCUUCCUCACCACCGACUCGAGCUGCAAGUUAACCUUCAGGGUGUUCUGCACAAGGGCUCCCAAGUCCCUCUGCAUCUCAGAUUCCUGGAUUUUCUCCCCGUUUAGAAGGGUGAAAGAGAUGUGACUGUGGAAGAGGAAUAAAGCAGCAGGGACGGAGAGAGGAAGGGAGAUAGAGGGGAGAAAGAGGAAGGAUAUUAGAUUAGAUUAUGACGACACGCAGUCGUCUUAUUGUCAUUUAGUAAUGCAUGCAUUAAGAAAUGAUACGACGUUCCUCCGGAAUGAUAACACAUCACAAACCAAGACUGAAAAACGGACAAAAACCACAUAAUUAUAACAAAUAGUUACAACAGUGCGAAGCAAUACUGUAAUUUGAUGAAGAACAGACCAUGGGCACAGUAAAAGUCUCUUGAAAGUCCCAUCAUCUCACGCAGACGAGAGAGGAAGAAAACUCUCCCUGCCAUGAGUUUCCAGCGCCGCAAACUCGCCGAUGAAGCUCCCGACCACAGCCGACUCCUGAGUCCGUCCGAAAACUUCGAGCCUCCGACACCGAGCAGCAUCUCUGCCGAGCGCUUCGACCCUGGCCCCGGCAACAGGCAAAGCCGAGGGUUUGGGGCCUGCACCUCCGGAGAUUCUCAAUCGCACAGUAGCAGCGGCAGCGAAGUGGGCAUUUCAGAAGUUUCUCCAG